GUCACAUGGUGCGGAAGUAGUCGGGAUUGUUUCGGCGUGGUUGUGUUUACAUCAACAGCUCCUGGUUUACUCACCACACACAGGUUUGAGUGGAGGAUCUGCAAAGUUCGGAUUAAAUGACCAUGAAGCAGGACAUUGAUGGCGUGAACAUCCCUGUAUGCUUCAUCUCCAGUCAUGAAGGUUUUCUCGGAAGCAUUAAGAACUUUAUCAAAGACUUUGUUGUGACUGAGAUAGACAUUAGUGGACAGCAGGUGAACAAAGAGGUGACGGCAGCAGCAGCACAUACCCCAGCUUGUGCCUCCACAUAUAAAAUGAACGAGACCACUGCUAAAUGUAAACAGAAUAACAAUUUCUCUGUCUCAGACAGUGUGUACGUGUCUGCUGAUUGUGGGGUAGAUGUUGCCCUGCCGAGUCCAGGCAGUUUUGAUUUGGGCGUGAUUUUAGGCCAGUCAGUCAGUGAUGAGCUUGAACAGUUUGUGUUGACCCUCAAAGAUGAAAAACCAACCCAGCAAGAGUUAUCGCUGGGAUCCUUUGCUGACAAACACCACAGAGCCAACGUCCACCGGGCUGUCAGACACCGUUUUCCCUUCCUCAUGACUGUCACCAUUCAGCCUGAGAUCAGGGUGAGGGAGGACCCGGACUACAGAGAGCUGUCCCAGCUGGUCACAGAGGACGAGGCGGAGGACUUCUUCAGGUUCAUAGAUGCCAAAGUGCGCGGCUCAUCCUACACGUUCGGCCCUGAUGACGAUAAGGAUCACAGGACAGCAGUCCACCACUUCUUGAGCCGCAGGUUCGGGAAACUAGUGGAGACAAAAAGCUUCAGCGAUGAGGGGAGUACAGCGAUUUCGGUGAGGCUGAGGGAGCGAGGGAGGCCGAAAAAGAGAAGUGCAGAUGAGCGAAAGGAAGAAGACGUUUACACUGCGUUCACUCUGUGUAAGGAGAACCUUGAGACUCUGGAGGCCAUCAGCUACAUGGCAGCAGCUCUUGGCGUCUUACCAUCAGAUUUCACCUAUGCUGGAAUCAAGGAUAAGAGAGCCAUCACCUACCAGUCCAUGGUGGUCAAGAAGGUCUCACCACUACGGUUGAAUGACAAGCGAGCAGAGUUUGAGAAGAGAGGGAUGCACCUGUCUCAAGUCCGCUCCGUCAGCGAGCCUUUGAGGAUAGGGCGACUGCAGGGGAACCACUUUGACCUGGUGGUCCGUGACCUACGGCCUCACACGGCCAGUAGUGACACACACUUCUCGGAUGCAGACAGACACACUCGACUGGCAGCACUGAUAAAGGAGGCUGUGGAGAAUGUGAAGGCCAGAGGUUUUGUCAACUACUAUGGACCACAGAGGUUUGGGAGUGGACAGAGCGUUCAGUCCGACAGAGUGGGACUGGCUUUACUCAAAGAAGACAUGGUGAGUGCGGUGCGCCUCUUCUUUACUCCGGGGGAAGGUGACGAUCCUCAGAGUCACGCAAAGAGACACUUCCUCCAAACAGAUAACGCCAAGGAGUCUCUGGCUCUGAUGCCACUGUCAAAGGCCAGAGAGCGGCUGAUGCUGCGAGCCUUGAACCGCUACGGAACAAGUGCCGACGGUUGCGCCCAGGCUUGGCUCAGCCUGCCCCACAGCAUGAGAGUCUUCUACCCACACGCCUACUGUAGCAGGGUGUGGAACGAGGCGGCGGCUCACAGGUUGGCGACACUGGGCCACAGAGCCAGGGAGGGAGACCUGGUGUGGACGCAGGCGGGCCAGAGCAAAGCAGAGGACGGCGGAGACAGUUGCUGCGCUCAGAUCCAUGUGGUGACGGACCAAGAGGAGCAAAGGGGAGUCUAUGCACUUGAACAAGUGUUGCUGCCGAUGCCAGGAAACACGGUGAAGUAUCCGGAAAACGCCUUGGGGACCUGGUACCAGGAGAGACUGGCCAGAGAUGGGCUGGAUAACUGUCGCUUCAGAGUGGGCAGCCUCAAACUCAACAUACCUGGCUGCUAUCGCCCCCUGCUGGCCAAGCCGCACAGCCUCAGCCACCAGCUCCAAGGGGCGGCUUGCAGGGAGGGCGGAGGAGGCGGAGAGGUCACGGGAGAAAGGAAGCAGGACUCGCUUGCUCUCACUUUAAACUUCGACCUGGACUCUUCUUGCUAUGCUACCAUCUGCCUCAGAGAGAUCAUGAAGUGCGACCUGUAGAGGUGGAGUCUUUGUUCCUGUCGUGUUUGUGUGUCCAUGUGCGGGGAAAAAGAGGCAGCUUUUUGUAUCAUGCCAACGUGGGUUUUUUUGUAACUCCACUUGACCCUCAUGUCUAACAUGUAUUGGUAGUCCUUUAGUUUGUUCUUGUACUGAGCAAAACAUGGUAGCUACACAUAAUUAAGAAAAAGAAAAAAGUAAAAAAAAAAAAUCACCAAAAUGUUAAUGAAUCUAAAUGUAAGAGCAUGUUAAACAGUAUUUGUGUUUUGUGCCUUGAAUAAACAAGUGUAA